AUGCAACAAAAUUUAUUUUUCAUAGGAUACAUCGCUUUUGUAAAAGUCGUGGCAUUGAUGGGUAACCAACCGCUCCAUGACUCGGAAGGUCUACUUCCUAAAGGGAAUCUACUACUAAAGAUCGUUCUGAGUGAUGGCAAAGUGCAUCAAGCAGAGCUGAAUGGAAGCAAAUACCAAGGUCACCAAAACGAAGAAGACUUGAACGCCGAAAGUGAUUUUAACCCGCCGCUCAUCUGCACUCGUGAAGAAAUAACAAAGGUUUAUCUGGCGGCUCGAGGAAAUAAUAGAUGGUACGUUGCGUCAAUCGAUACCUACACCGCGGGAUCGCAUAGAGCCUUCACUAAACUGACCAAUGAUCCAGGCUUCAGUAUGUGGGUGGACGGCAAUAAAGAACAUGAUUACCCAUACCACGCCAAAAAGCACCUCCUCACCUAUGCUGUCGCAGGAUCCUGUAUCACGUACAUACGCGUUGAGGCAAGGACGAAGGGAAGCAUGAAAGGAGAUGGCUCCUCAAAAAUGGAUAGAAAGAGCUACUUCCUUAUCCUGGUUUUGACGCAGGGCCAAAAACUUAGGGCAGAACUUGUAGGAUAUGAGCUACGAAGCCAAUCCUCUGUGCUAGAGCUGAACUUCGUCAGCCGAUUUCAAACCAGAAGGUGCGUUUCGAUGUCCGAAAUUAAGGAAGUACGCCUAAAAACUCAUCAUCAAGGAAGUGAAAAUUGGCAUAUAUCAUCCAUUCACACUUCUGCUAAGACUGGUGAGGAGCAGUACAUGGAUUUGACAAGUGAUCCACACCUCAACAAGUGGCUUAGAAAGUACAAUUCGAAAGAAAUCAAUCUAGAAUGGGUACAUCAAGAGACUUUAACCUGUGAAUACGGAAAUCCAUCGUGCAAAUGCAUGGCACACGCAGAAAUUUGUAAAUUUUAUCUUGAAGUUGACGAAGUUCGAACCUUCACGAGCUAUCAAAAGUUGUCGGUCGAUGAACCAACAGGAAUAGCUUUGCGAGGAGCCGAGGGAGUGAGCUAUUAUUUCGAUAAAAAUGGAAUACGUUUGCCACUGCAAUCUAAUAGAACAUGUUCAACAUUGGACCCGGACAAAUGUACUUAUCCCCAGUUUGUAGAUGGUAAAACGUACCGUAUGGCAAUAUCCAUCAAUGGACUAAUUCCUGGACCUACCUUAAUAGUUUAUGAAGGGCAAAAGGUUAUUAUUCAUGUUCACAACAAUCUCACUACUGAAGGUAUUUCAAUUCACUGGCAUGGAAUGCAUCAGAGAGGAACACCUUGGAUGGAUGGUGUGGGGCAACUCACUCAAUGUCAAAUAGGACCAUCAUCAAGCUUUUCAUACGAGUACACUGCUAGUCCUUCUGGAACGUUUUGGUACCACUCUCACAGUGGCGCACAAAGAACAGAUGGCAUCUAUGGAGCACUUGUAGUCCAAGAAAAUGAAACAAGGUUGAACCAAAUCCGAACAGAACUGAACGCUAACUUUCAAGAUCUUCCAGAUCAACACACCUUAACGCUUCUAGACUGGCAAGGGGAGGCAUCUUUGGACCUGUUCACACAGAGCCAAGCAGGCUUGGGCUUUUAUCCAGACCAACCAUAUGGCGAAGUACCUACUCCGUCUGAUCAAAGGUAUGCUAGUACACGUAGUUUUGACAACGGCGGGGCUGGACCUAUCCCCUACUUUUCUGGAAUCAUAAAUGGCAAAGGCAGACAUGUUGAUGUUCCAUACAAUAAAACAAGACUGAGUAUAUUCACUGUUGAGUCCGGAAAGAUAUAUCGCUUUCGACUCGUAGGAGCCCAAGGGCUUUAUUCUUACAGCUUUUCCAUUGAUGGUCAUAAACUGAUUGUGGUCGGCACUGACGGCUAUUGGAUUGAACCCGAAAAAGAGGUUGAUUACAUCAUGAUCCAUCCCGGAGAGAGAUAUGACUUUCUACUCAAUGCAACAGAGACAAGUAAAGACUACUGGAUUCGUGCAGAGACUAUGGAGAUUAAUCAAAAUGGCCAAGGGCCCCCUUACGAGUCACUAGGACAUGUGGCAGAAGCUAUUUUGCACUACAAACAGGAUGGAGAGUCGCCCGAUCCAGAUGCCGAUGUGCCGUCGCAUAGAUAUGAAGAAAUCAAAAACAGUUCUACUCUCAGAGUGUGCACCAAGGAAAAUCCAUGCAAAGCAGUGAACUGCCCAUUUAAGAAGUUCCAUUCUUCAUACAACAUUACCUGUACUAAUGUAGACGAGCUGCGUUUACUUGAGCCAACUCCACCUGGGGAACUUCCAAAUGCAAACCCUAACAGCCAAUGCCGAAAUUGUACUCAUUUCAUCAAUUUUAGUUUUGAAGGUGGAUCUCAAACUAGUUCAGUGAACGGGCGAAUUUUUUAUUCUUCCUUCCUUUCCACCCCUAACCCAAUAUAA